AUGGCCACUAUCCAUGCAUUUCUGAGGCAGCAUCAUGAUGAAGAGGAUAAUGAAAAUGGUGAAGACACUGUAGAUUAUGGACCAUCAACCAACAACAAGGUAAUUUAAUUUAAAAUCAUAGUAGUAUAAUAUAUAUAUAUAUAGUACUAUGUAUAUAUUAUAUACAGUAAGUGUAUGUAUAAAUACAGUACAAUGUCAUUUUUGUUGCAGAUUGAACGUUGGUGGCGCGAGUUACACAAUCGUCUUGAAAAGUAUUUCAAGAGGCAGUUACUAAUGUUAUUAGAGCAAGGCCACUAUGAUCAGCACAAUCAAACUGAUAGGUAGUGCUGCUUUUAUUCUAUUCUGUUUACUGCUACCAGAAAUUGUCAGUAUGAGUGGUAAUGUGGUUAUUGCAAAUAACAAACCAUUGAUUGAAAAACUCAUUAUUUUCAUCGGUAACCUAUCUUCAAAUUUUUAAAUUUAGUAAAUUUUAUAUAUUUCACUUUUUAAAAAUUCUUUAGUGUGGAAAUCUUGUUAUAAAAUUUUCGCUUUUAAAAAAAGCGCACUCUAAAGAAUUUUUUUAAACUUUCUCAAUAGUUACAGAACAUCAUGCUCUAUUGAUAUAUGUAAUAAAAGAUAGGCCACCGACUUAAUUUUUCAGAUAAAGAAAAUUUUGUGGGUAAAAUAAGCCGGAUUUAUAGCCCAUCAUGUCACCAUGGCAACAGUGACAUUGUUAAAACCACAGAGUAGAGACAUACAGAGACGUAACUGACCGUCGUAAACACUGCGGAAGAUUACGUUAUCAUGUACCCACUUUUUUUCGGUGCUCAGCAAGUUUAAAGUGAGUCGUCAUCAGGUCGUCAUCCAAUCAGAUGCAUGCAUCUAGUAACUUGCCGAGCAUGCGCACAAAAAAAGUGGGUACACUAGUUAUGUCUCUGUAUGUCUCUACUCUGUGUCAAAACUGAGUUCAUAUACUCCACUGAUGUUAGAUAUUACAUCCAAGUGUACCAAAGAAUGCACAAUCUGCAUUAAUACGCCUGUACUAUAGAGAUGUUGGGCAGAUAGGCACAACAUUAGGGUGCCACCUUAAAAGCAAGUUUAAUUUCCUUAACAGAGAUUUGUUGGCAUUUGUUUAUAUACCAAUAAUUGGAAAAGAACUGGAGGUGUUCAGAGAAACUAUAUGGAACUCGCAUAGAGUAAGGUGCCAGAAGGAUGCUUAGGUACCCAAGGGAAUACCAAAACAUUUAUAUGCAUUUCCUGAGCAAUAUGAAGCUGAACAAUGUGGUAUGUAUUGUAUGCAUUUGCUUCAAUCAAAACUGUUCAAUUGCUAGCCUGAUAUAUUCAUAUACCGACAUUAAUGAUAUACAUUCAGUUAUCUCUGAUUAACAGGUUUCAGUGUAAGCAAAGAAGCAGUUGAUGAGGUAGCCAAUCUCUCUGAAGUCAUGAGUGUUGGGGAUGAUUAUUUAACUCAUGCUGUGAGAGAAGAAUGUGAAAGAAUUAUACCUGCAAUUAAUGACGUGAAGCCAAAUGAUGCUGCAACAGCUUAUUUAUUUCUGAAGGCACAUUACAAGGAGCCAUCAGCCAGUUUAUCAGGAGUUAGUGAGAGCACCUGA